AUGAUUGAUCUUAACUUGACGUCAUCUGUAUCUUUCGUUGUUGACCUAUGGAUACUCUUCAGAGUAGAACGAGUACGCAACGAGGAGUGUGAGGUCAGGUCGGCGCUUGAGAGGGAGAAGGCUGAGCACCAACGGACUCGGGUGCAUCUGGAGCUUCGAUGCGAGAGCUUACAGAAGCAGCGACAGGAAGCCUUAUUAGGCGAUGGUCUUUCAGUUGGGAUGCCUGCUGGUGGAUCAUCCCUUGCGAGGUUUCAGCUGGAAUCUUGCCAGCUCAGAGUGGCUCAGUUAGAGAAGGAGCUGGAGCUACAGAAGAGUGCCCAGCAGCAGGCAAGUUGGAAAUUUCGUGGCGCGCGAAAAACGCCAAUGCUGACAUUGGCGUUCGGUGACUGCAGAGCUGCUGAGGAGAAGGCUAAGAAGACGGAAAAGGUUCAGAAAGACUUGGAGGCCACAAGGGACAUGCUCACCGUCGCUAAGGAUCAACUGUCUACGGCUAACUCUAAGCUGGCCCUCAACAUAUCAUCUUACUCGACCAUACAGCGUCUACGUGAGGAGUUGGCAGGGUUCAUAAUGGAGACUGAGAUGAUACACGAGGAAUUGACGGCACUCGGCGUCGUACCAACGUCCCCGAGAAUUUCUGGGCGCGUGACGGGCAGCCGAGAGUUACUGUCAUCUGAAUGGAGUAUGGUGAAGAGUUUCAUCCGGCAAGCUAAAUCGGAUAACGCUCGACUAGAGGCAGAAACAGCGAGGCUUGCUGGCGAGCAAGAAUGUUCAAUAGCACAGAUUAAAGCCAUGGAAGCUGGUGCACAGUUGAAGGAACAGCAGGGGAAGACAGACGCCAUCGUGAAGGCUCCUCCUCCUCCUCCUUCCUCGUCGCCGUCGUCUGAUGUUGUGGAGUUGACCAGUGACUCUGAGGCGAGUGCCAGAGAGGACCCCACCGUCGCCGCGUUGAGGGAGAAGGAUGCGAUAAUAGCUGCUAAUGCUGGAGAGCUGAGUCGGCUAACGGAGGUAUUGAAGGAGAAGGAGAGGCAAUUGGAAGGGAUGAGGGUAGAGCAAGCGGCGACUAAGAUGGUACGCAAGCGACGGAGUGAUGAGAGUUCUCCUGAGAGGGAAGGGGAUGAGGUCAGUCAGCCGAUGGCAAAGAGGUAUAAGGCCACCAUAGAGCGGCUCAGUGAGAUUGACCGACUCCAUGAAGAAAUACGAAAGCUGAAUGCACGGGAUCAGCCUUCUGAUGAAGCAUCGCAUCGCUUGACGGAAGCUGUGGUGGAGAGGGACGGGGCCGUUAGGGAAUUGCGAGAGUUCAAGAUUGAGAUGCAAGAGCACCUUCGUGGAUUCGCCUCGAGCGUUGAGAGUCUCACUGGUUGGCGGGUGAAUCCCCUACCGGAUGGUCAUCGAUGGCAUCUUAGGUUGAAGGAAGAACCAACGCAGCAGCCUCUAUCCAUCGAAGUGAAUCAGAAGGUUGAGCAUGGUCAAUAUGAGAUUGUCUCCUCUUCGCGUCGUCUCCCCGAUGAGGCCGUGACUUGGCUCGUCGACCUGGAUGAUAUGCCGGAGAUGCUUGCCGCAUUAGUAUUACUGCGUGGAUCUCAGAUUAUGGACGUUUCCUAG